AUGUCCUGGUUCAAGCGCAGACGAGGUCCAGUAAGACAAGGAUUCAAGGACGGAUUGCAAGGGAUACGAAAUGUAUUCGCGGGAAAGAAGCCGCCCACAGAUAUCGAUCCUGUUCGAAGACAGUUCCAACCCACGGGGAACAGCAGGAGGGAUAUCGCCCAGUUGAAGCUGGCCUACCUGAUCCAGGACGAUCCGGAACUGAAGAAAGCGACUCUACACAUUGUCGAUCUUGCCGCCCGGGUUCCUCCAGAUAAUGACAAGCUGAUGGAGGUUGUGAACCUUUCCGCCCAGCUCCUGCUCCGAAUCUCGAACGCCGUGCAAUCCGACGUCGACGCACCUGAAGCUGGGCCACUCGUUGCUGUUUUUACUGGCAUGUUGGAGGACAUCGAGGCUAAAUUGGCUUCUGGAAUAUGUAAUUGGGAGGAUGUGGAGGCACACCUCUCUCAUCAAAUCGCGGGAUUCGAGCGAUCCCAUGGAACCGUAUUGGGGAGCUGUUCAUCCCAGCCCAAUGCACGGCCCUCAAACUCUUUGACCACGCUGUUGGGCUCAGCUUCGACCAUUUUAUCGAUCCUCAAAGAUGUUGCGGAGAUCGUACCUGUGGAUAUCUUGAAAGGGGUCACCGCAACCGCGUAUAGUCUGUUGACGGCUGUAGAGCAAACACGGUCGAACAUCGAGGAGAUGCGCCAGAUCGCCGGCAUCGCAGCCGACUUUGUUGUUUCGCUGACGGUGCUUUGCGCGGAUAAGCCGAAUCAGUCUUCCGCCCAGUUUAAAAGAUGCUUCAAGGAACUCGAAGGGAAUUUGGUCAAUAUUGGCGGCCGGUGUAUGGAGAUGAGCCAGAAGAGUGUCUUGUCACGAUUCUUUCAUCAGGGGGUCCAUCAAGGCGAUAUCGCUUCAUUGAGGAUAGAGAUGGAGAGUGCAAUAAGCAAAUUCCAAACGGAGACCCAAAUGCUCCUUCAUUUCAAUUUGCGCGUUUUCUGCGAGGUGAUAAACACCAAGCUAGACCAGGAUGCCGUUAAGGCCCUUCCCAAAUCCGAGUACCACAGCACCCGCCUUGAGAAGUAUCUUGCCGCUAGCCGCGACGACGAGCUUGAGGCUAUCUUGAAAUGGGUUGACGAUCUUGAUCACCCCGUUUUGUGGAUUCAUGGCGCUGCAGGACUGGGAAAGUCGACUCUGAUGCAGAAGGUUGUCGAUGUGCUGCGCCACCAGGGACGCCUGGCAUCGUCUGCCUUCUUCGUUAGGAAGAAGAAUAGGGACAUUGUCACUACCAUCCAAUCGGUCGCCCAAGAACUCGCCAACCUCCACCCAAGAGCUGUUCCCGCGGUGGCUAAUGCUGCUCGUACAUGCCAUUCGACGCAUCACUCCAUCCUUGACUACAUCCAGGCGUACAUCAUCGAACCUGUUCGCUUUCUUGGUCUCCCAUAUCCUCUAGUCCUACCGAUGGACGCACUGGAUGAAUGGGACCACCAUGAAACCUUCCUCCGAGAGUUGACACACGUCUCUUCGGCGUCACCGUUCCUUAAAUUCCUCUUUUCAAGCCGGUGGUUACACAGCGUCGAGCGAGGGUUGAAGGGCAACAUUGUGAAGGAAAUGGCGUUGCCACCCGUGACAGAGGACGUCGCACGGCGGUACUUCGAAGCUCGAUUCAGCGAUGUUCAGGGGGAAGCGAGGAUCCUGUUAUUCAACUCCAUCCCUCAACUGGCCAAACUCGCCAAGGGCCUUCUGGUGUGGGCAGCCACUGUCUGCAACCUGAUCCUCAGCGACUCAUACACUCGCCCACCCGUGCACACCCUCCUUGAGCGAAUCCUCCAGUCUGGAUCGGGAGUCGACGAGGAUGAACGCCUUGCUACCCUGUACCGCGAAGCACUGCUCUCCAUUCUCGGUCCCAAGGCCCGGGAUGUGGAGGUUGGCAUGCAAAUUCUUUCCCAUAUGGUCGUCCUCCAGGAGCCUGUCGAUAUCGACACCUUCACAGGACUUGUCGACCUUCCCCAGUAUCCUCAAGCCGUCCGCGAGAUUCACAAACGACUACGUAUCCUGCAGAUACGGGGAACAUUCGAUGCAAACGUCAUUGAACCCAUGUCAACUCGAUUUCACGCGUCAUUCCUCGACUUUCUUACCUCCAGCGCCGUCAGCCCCUCGCAAUCGGACAUGACAACGGUGCCCCUUGCCGUGGAUACAGCAGGUGCCCACCUGCGCUCAGCGAAGAGGUGCCUGAGCACCCUUAUCUCAAUCCCGGCCCACAGUUAUCCGCCAUCAAUGCCGCUGCCCCCCGCAUUCUUGUAUUCGACGAAAUAUUGGCCCUUUCACCUUUCUCACGGAACGGAUCGCUUCCAACCUCUCCCACCGGAACUUGAAGACCUACUUGGGGGUUUAUCCAAUGAUAUAACAGCCUGGUGGGCCAAACGCUUUGUUGCCACAGUAUGUGCGGUAGAAGCUGAGGAGAUGACAGAGUGGGAAAAACAGUUGGCGGGGGAAAGGCGGUCUGACAUUCUCGUCAAGGUUGCCCGACUCGUGGACCAAAAGCACCCCAUAGGGGAACCGACCUGGUGGGCGUGGGCGUCUUCCCCCUGGGAGGUGACUGUGAGACUCAAUGAAUGCCGAGGCAAUAUUCACUUGUUAAUUCAACUUGGGGAUUUUUAUACUCCUGACUUGAAGGUUCCGGCAAGGUGCGCGACAGCCGCAGUCCAUAUCUUGAAACAUUGCGUGGCCGAGACCGCAUCACAAGAUGGAUCAUCAUUGCAUUCGCUAGCAUCCGCGCUGUACUCUUCUUACUCGAACACUGGCAGUGCUUUGGACCUUGACGAUGCUAUCACGUUCGGGCGUGGCGCUCUGUCUCAUCGAUCCCAUCCCCACCCGGACCGCUCAGAUACACUGCACCACCUAGCCGCCUACUUGUCCGAGCGCUUCCAGAAGCGAGAUGACCCCGUCGACGACGACGAUGCCAUCGCGAAGCAAGGCGACCUCGUUGACAUCGACGAUGCCAUCGCAUUCGGACGGGAAGCUCUCUCUCUGCGACCCCACCCCCAUCCAAAGCGCUCCGCGAUGCUGUACAUCCUCGCCAUCCACUUGGACGACCGCUUCAGGAAGCAAGGCAACCUGAUCGACAUCGACGAUGCCAUCGCAUUCGGGCGGGAAGCACUCUCUCUGCGACCCCAUCCCCAUCCCGGCCGCUCAGAGACACUGCACAACCUCGCCGUCCACUUGUAUGAGCGCUUCAAGAAGCAAGGCGACCUCACCGACAUUGACAAUGCCAUCACAUUUGGACGGGAAGCUCUCUCUCUGCGACCCCAUCCCCAUCCAAAGCGCUCCGCGAUGCUGUACAUCCUCGCCAUCCACUUGGACGACCGCUUCAGGAAGCAAGGCAACCUGAUCGACAUCGACGAUGCCAUCGCAUUCGGACGGGAAGCGCUCUCUCUGCGGCCCCAUCCCCAUCCAGAGCGGUCAGCGACACUGCACAACCUCGCCAUCCACUUGCGCGACCGCUUCAGGAAGCAAGGCAACCUCACCGACAUUGAUGAUGCCAUCGCAUUCGGACGGGAAGCGCUUUCUCUACUACCCCAUCCCCAUCCAGAUCGCUCAGAUACACUGUAUAACCUUGUCCUUGCCCUUAUGUCGCGAUGUCGCAUGACAGUUUCUCUUCCUCCCCUGGAAGAGGCAAUCUCACUCUGCAACGAAGCUCUAUCCACCAUCCAGCCUUCGAAUCCCUACUAUGAUGCCUUCUCGCAAUGGCUUGCUGAGGCCCAGAAACUUAAAUCCCGACAUUUCGAUGCUUGA